AUGGGCGAGGAGGAAGAAGCAUUGUAUAUGAGACUCUUCCCAUUUUCUCUGAAUGGCAAAGCAAAGGAUUGGCUUCAGUCACAACCUAAUCAAAGUUUGACUAGUUGGGAGGAUGUGGAACACAAAUUUCUUGCUCGCUUCUUUCCACCAUCUAAAAGCACAGAGAUAAAGGCUGCGAUUGCUACUUUUGUCCAAGGAGUAGAUGAACCAUUAUGUGAAGCCUGGGAAAGAUUCAAAGCUUUAUUGAGGAAGUGUCCCAGUCAUGGCUUUAGCUUGGAAAUGCAAGUGCAAAUCUUCUACAAUGGUUUGCAACCUCAUACAAUGAUGAUACUUGAUGCAUCUUUUGGUGGGUCGGUUCUAUUAAGAACUGCUGAUGAGGCCAUUGUUGUUAUUGAAAACAUGGUUUCCACUGACAUGCGGAGCCGACGUGGGAGGACUCAAGUGCAGAAAAGAGGAGUUUAUGAACUUAAUGCUCAGGAUGCAAUACUUGCUCAAAACAAACUUCUUGCCCAACAAAUGGAGCUCCUGACCCAAAAUAUGGCUAAGUUACCUCAACAGUUGCAAGCAAUGCAAAGUCAAGCUCAACCGCAUCACCAAGUUAUGAGAUGUGAUUUCUGUGGGGAUAAUCAUCCUAAUGGCCAUUGUCAAGUUCCUAGUGGUUCCCAAUAUGAAGAAGUUCAUUAUAUGGGAAACCAAGGAAGACAAAAUUUCUUCAACAACACUUUCCCUAAUCCUUCCAAUCAAGGGUGGAGACAAGCACAAGGAGCUUCUGGUAGUAGAAAUUCUUAUCAACCUGCUCAUCAAUACUCAUCUCAGAAUGAUAGGAAUACAAAACUAGAAGAAACAUUGCAGAUGUUCAUGCAACAGUCCAUCCAAAACCAAAAGAAUACUGAUGCAUUUGGAAAUGCAAGUUGGUCAGUUGGCCAAACAAUUGGCAAAUCAACAAAGUGGACAAUUUUCUGCUAA